AUGGCGGAUGAUAAAGACCACGAGGCGCUCCACGCGAUGGACGACGAGGAGGCGAGGCGCAAGAAGCGGAGGAAGUGGACCAUCGGCAUCAUCGCCUUCGUCAUCUUCCAGGUCGUCCAGGGCCUCUUCUUCGUCCUGGUGAUCAUGAAGUUCAGGUCCCCCAAGUUCAGAAUCGCCCCGCCCGACAUGAUCCAGACCCUCACCGUCGGCACCCCGGCCUCGCCCUCGUUCGACAUGAGCUUCAUGGCCCCGAUCCAGAUCAAGAACACCAACUGGGGACCCUUCAAGUACGACGCCACCACCAUCUACUUCACCUCCCACGGCGUCCCGGUGGGGCAAGUCUACAUCCCCAAGAGCAAGGCCAACUUCAAGUCCACCAAGAAGAUCGACGUGGGCGUAUACUUGAAGCUGGACUCCUCGAACUCGACCAGCAACCCGGGCCUCGGGAUCGACCUGAGCUCGGGGGUCAUCUCGCUGAACAGCGGAGGCGAGAUCACCGGGAAGGUGACGGUCAUGUUCAUGUUCAAGAAGAAGAAGACGUCGGUGAUGGAUUGCAGCAUGACGAUCCUCGUGCCGGCGAGGCAGGUCCUGGCCUGGGCAUGCAACUGA